CAGUUGAAUUACAGUCCGAGGCAGACAAAGUCGCACUUGUGUGCAAAUUAAAAUGAAUCGCAAAAAGAUUGUUGGCUGCUUAACCCUUCUAUUAUGUGGAUUACAAAUAUGCAAUUCCUUUAGCUAUGAGAAGGUGGGCGAAGGUUAUUAUUUCAUAGGCAUUGGUCAAACUGAUGAAAACAUUUUCGAUUACUUCGAUGCGCGCAGAAGUUGUUGGCAAAACGAUGGAGAAUUGGUCUCUGUGGAGACGGCCGAGGAAAUGAUGCUCUUGCAGAUCUACGUAUCGUCGAAAGGGUAUCCGAAUGGUAGUAUCUUUUCCACAUCGGGUCACAGUUACAAUAGCGAGUAUCCCUUCAAAUGGCAUGCUCUGGGUGAGAGUUUAACCUAUAAAAAGUGGCUGGCAGGCGAUGCGCCUCCUCUCGAUUGUAAUUUGAGUCUACAACUGAUAGAUUCGGAAUUAUAUAUGAUCCGAACGUGGGGCUAUAAUAAAUACUAUAUAUGUGAAAAGACAACCUUUUGGGAUUAUACGCAGGCCUGUUUUCGUCAGUCCGGAACGAUUAUUAUUAGUAUGUCAAUAUUCUUUCUUCUACUGUUUAUAUUAACGAAACUUAUAAUGAAAAUUAUAAUGAUCUCACAUUAUCGUGCGCAAUAUCAUAAGUUAAAAGCCAGCGAGAAAAGUAAUGUGGAUAUUGCUUAGAUUCUCAAGUAGAAAUUCUCUUGUCUAAUCACAUUACAAAAUUAUUGU